GCCCCAGCCUGGCAACAUAUUGACAGUAUUGACAUUUGUACUACCAACCUCUCAUCAAAACAAAACAAAAACUUUGAAGUUUCUUCUAAAAAUUUUUUUGACAGUUUAGGAAGGUAGUCCAAAAACAACAGCGAUGGCCAAGUCAAAGAAUCACACAAAUCACAAUCAAAACCGCAAGGCUCACAGAAAUGGCAUCAAAAAGCCUAAGAAGUUCUUGCACGAAUCUACCCUAGGGAUGGAUGCUAAAUUCUUAAAGAACCAAAGGUUCUCGAAAAGGCACAAUUUGAGCACCAACAAGCAAAGGGCAGUUGCUGCUCAGAGGAAGGCUGACCGUGCAGCCCAAGCUAAGAAAUAGAAUGUCUAGGGUUAUUUUUUAAUAAUAAACUAAUUUAAAAUAAGUCUAUUUUUUUAUUUAAACAACAUUGGUAAGAUUUUUUCUAGUUUCAGACUUUUUCUCAAAUUUCUCCACUACUAAAUUGAUUUGAUCUGCAAUUU